AUGAUCAAGUACAUCGACCUGGCUCUUACGCCCGAAUGCCGGGAAAUCAUCGAUGUUCCCAUGUCCGAAGCAGUUACCAUCGAUGAUUUCAAGGCCGUCAUACCGGCACUGGCGCAGAAAUGGGAGGUGGAUGUCAGGAAGGUGCUCACCAAACACCUCCUUCCAUACCUCGGGGACAUCGCCGAAGACGUAGACCCGCUCGAGCUCGCUAUCUCCUUCUCUUACAGCAGUGAAGAGUGGUGCACAGGGCCCAUUAGCAUCAUGAGAUAUCCGGCGAUUCUUAACCACAGCUGUAGCCGGAUCGAAGACUGCUAUCGUUCCGGCUGGUAUCUGGAGGAAGACUUUCUCAAGGAGGACUUGUACACCCGUACGACGAAGACCCUCGGGACCUACGCGGUUGACCACGAGUCCGAGAUACCCGGGGAUGACGAGACGUCCGUGCGCACUUGCGUUCCGUUCCAUAUAAGACAAGGUGGGGGUCGCGGUGUUGUAGCGAGAAUGCGACGCAUCGUUUCUGCGAUGGGGCUGGAUCCGGCUCGGGCGACGUUCGAGGAGCUCGAGCGAUGCGAUGUAUGGCUGCGGUGCAACACUUGCGAGACGGACAACCCAAACAACGCGAUCUUGGCCCACUCGUGGAGCAGCGCCUAUGAACACGAUCUACGCCAUGCCGAGGGUACCCAUAUCGAGCUAACGUACUACCUCGCAGACAGCAGAAAGAUACCCGAGUGGCGACAUGCAGACGAGGAAGACAUGAUCCAGAUCCAGGCUGCAAAGGAGGCACGACUUUCACGGGCGGGGGGCUUUUAUCGGUGCUCGUGCGCGCUCUGCCCCGACUUCGACUCGAGCGCGGACGCCAUGGUGAAACACCUCGCGACGACGCAUGACAUCUCGGAUUUCUGCCAGGCAAGGCGGGAUGGAGUCGUCUACCUCCAUCCGCACACGGAUAGGUCUGCGGUGUUCACAGGCGCGUUUUGCCUUCGCGAACGUAUCAAACCGGCGAAGGCGCCCUGA